CCCCCCGCGGGGAUCCCCGGGCCGCCGCCGACGGGUCCCCCCAUCGGCGGGCCCGGCGGGUCGAUGGUCCCGCCCCCCGCGCGCCCCGGCGUGGGCGUCGCGCCGCCCGGGCCCGCGUCGUCGUCGUCGUCGUCGUCCCAGAGGAUCGACCCGGCGCAGAUCCCGCGGCCGCCGCACGACGACCACGCGGACGUCGUCAAACACGACACGCGGACGACGCACGGCACGGCGACGCACCCGCCGAGCGCGAACACCACGUUCAUCGCGCGCGACGCGGGGUGCUGCAACCCGCGGUACAUGCGAUCGACGAUGAGCACGAUACCGAACACGUCGGAGUUGUUGGCGUCGUCGGGGAUGCCGCUCACGAUCGUCGUGCAGCCGCUCGCGCUGCCGCACGCGGAGGAGGCGCCGAUACAGGUGGUGGACAACGGCGAGUGCGGACCGGUGCGGUGCGGGCGGUGCAAGGCGUACAUGAACCCGUUCAUGCGCUGGCUCGACCACUCGCGAUUCGCGUGCAACUUUUGCGGGUUCGCCGGCGAGUGCCCGCGCGAGUACGGCUGCGCGUUGGGCGCGGACGGACGCAGAUCGGACUGGUCCGAGCGUCCGGAGUUGUGCAAGGGCAGCGUAGAGUACGUCGCGCCGCCGGAGUACAUGGUUCGAGCGCCGAUGUCCCCCGCGCUCUUCUUCUGCGUCGACGUCUCGCCGCGCGCGGUGGAGACGGGCGCGACGACGUCCGCGAUCGAGGCGAUCGCGCGGACGCUAGACACGGUACCGAACCCGGAUCGAACGUUAGUCGGAUUGUGCACCUUCGACGCGGCGGCGCAUUUUUAUCACAUCGCGCAGGGAGGCGCGAGCGGGGCGCCGCGGAUGCUCGUCGUGCCGGACGUGGACGAGCCGUACGCGCCCGUGCCGGACGGGCUCGCGGUGCCGCUCGGGCCGAACCGCGACGCGAUCGACGGCGUGUUGAAGCAGCUGCCGAAGAUGUUUUGCGACCCGAUGGAAAACGGCCGACGCGGGGCGCCGUGCAGCGCCGCCGCGGUGAAAGCGUGCGUGGAAGCGCUCAAACCGAUCGGCGGGCGCGUCCUCGCGUUCAUCGCGUCGCUGCCCACCGGUGGGAUGGGCGCGUUGAAACCGCGCGGGCCGGUGAACCAGGGGAGCACCGCGGGCGGCGGCGGCGGCGGCGGCGGCGGUUUCAACAACGAAUCCGACAAGGACGCCGCCAAGUACCUCGCGCCCGGGGAUAAGUGUUACAUGAAGCUCGCGGUGGAAGCCGCGGAGUACCAGGUCGCGAUCGACCUCUUCCUCCUCACGAACGGGUACGUCGACGUCGCGUCGUUGGGGGUGUUACCGCGAGUCACCGGCGGGUCGCUGUAUCGCUAUCCCAACUUCAACACCACGCUGGAUUUCGCGCAGCUCCACAACGACCUGCGGUGGAACGUCUUGAGGCCGCAAGGUAUGGAGGCGGUGAUGCGCGUGCGCGCGUCGAACGGCCUCGGCGUGAUCGAUUACGACGGCUUCUACUGCAAGCGAACGACCACGGACGUGGACCUCCCCGCGAUCGACUGCGACAAGGCGAUCUGCGUGUCGUUGCGGUACGAAGACAAGCUCGUGGACGGGAGCGAGGCGUGCGUGCAGUGUGCGCUUCUGUACACGACGACGGACGGCGAGCGACGCAUCCGCGUGCACACGAUGGCGCUGCCGGUGACGAGCACGCUCGGGAACGUCUUCCGCGCGAGCGACCUCGAGGCGCAGACGCUGGACCUCAUUCGGCGGAGCUCCGCGAAGCUUCUCGCGGGGAACUGCUCGCUGCUCGCGGCGCGGGAGCUCUCGCUCAACGCGACGGUGAACACCCUCUACGCGUAUCGAAAAUUUUGCGCCACGAACAACAGCACCGGGCAGCUGAUCUUACCGGAAGGUCUCAAGGUGCUGCCUCUGUACACCCUCGGGUUGCACAAGUCGUUGGGUUUGCGAUCAGACGCGAGCGCGGACGACCGCGCGACGUGGUUACUCCUCGGCGCGUGCGCGACGGCGGCGGCGGCGGUGCCGUCGGUGUACCCGCGAAAUUUCCCGAUUCAUCGAUUGCCGAUCGCGGCGACGCCGGGGGAGUCGCCGCCGAGGUUCCCGCCGCUGCCGAAGACGACGUGGCUCUCCGGGGAAAAACUCGAGCAAGAUGGGAUUUAUCUCCUCGAGGACGGAAGAGAGAUGAGCGUGUGGGUCGGUAAGCAGGCGUCCGCGCCGUUGCUGAGGGACGUCUUUGGGGUGGAUCACGCGGACCACAUCGCGUCGACGACGGCGCACAUCCCGCGGAUAGAAAAUGCCUCAAACGCGUCGGUUAACGAGAUGGUGAACUGCAUGCGGAAGAUGCGGUCGUCGUACAUGCGGACGCGGAUAUACCGGCGAGGGGAUAUCGGCGAGCAUUCGUUUUACCAGCGGUUGAUCGAGGAUCGGAGCGCCGCCGGGAUGAGUUACGUCGAGUUUUUGUGCCACGUCCACCGGUUGAUACAGAACAAGUUUCAGUGAGUAGUCGACGCGAUCGGCUGGUGGAAGGAAGGAACGUCGUGACGUGGCGUGACGUGAUUCGUAGUAGGGAGGGAGGUCGCGCGCGGCGGCGGGCCGGCGUGAUUGGAGGAGAGGAUAGGAGGAACGUGCUAGAGCUGGCGUCGUGAACGUGAAAGAAGCGGAAAACCAAUACACGUGAAA